UCUGACAAUAUCUUUAUCUUCUGAAGGUCUUCAAUGCUCUGUUCAACUUGUGCAAGAUAAAUAAGAGGAGACAGGAACAAGCAGCAUAAAAUGGAAUCAUUCCACAUUUGAUGAAUUUUAUCAUGUCGGAUUCUCCCUUGAAACAAUAUGCAUUGCCGCUACUGUGCGACAUGGCUCAUGCGUCACGUAAUUCAAGGGAACAGUUGAGGGCCCAUGGUAGAUUGGAUGCGUACGAGUUUGCUCGAUGACGAGCUUUGGUCCGUGACGGCACUAGACUCGCUCGCUGUUUGCUUGGUUCAUGACAAUGACAGUCGCAAGGUGGAGCAAGCUUUGCUGAAGAAGGAAGCAAUCCAGAAAUUGGUGAGGUUUUUCCAAUGUUGUCCGGAGCAACACUUCGUCCACAUAUUGGAGCCAUUCUUGAAAAUCCCCACGAAAUCAUCCCGUAUAAACACGACAUUAGCCGUUAACGGUUUGACGCCCCUUCUAAUCUCAAGGUUGGAUCACCAGGAUGCCAUUGCUCGCCUUAAUCUACUUAAACUAAUAAAGUCUGUUUACGAGCACCACCCGCGGCCGAAGCAAUUAAUCGUGGCGAUUUACCGCAUAAGUUACAGAAUCUAAUCGAGGAACGGAGAGACGGGCAGAGGUCCGGAGGUCAAGUGUUGCUACUUC